UCUGUAUCCAUAUUUAUAUAGAACCUUCGCGAGUCGCUGUGUUGUUCGACUGUUAUCCCUCUCCUAAUUAUUCUUCAGCAUUCAAUCGAUACAGAAAGCAUGGGUCGCUUAGACCGUACUAUCUAUGUCGGUAAUCUUCCUGGCGAUAUUCGUGAAAGAGAAGUUGAAGAUUUAUUCUACAAGUAUGGACCAAUUGUUGAGAUUGACAUAAAAGUUCCGCCUAGGCCUCCUGGUUUUGCAUUUGUAGAGUUUGAAGAUGCUCGUGAUGCUGAUGAUGCCAUACGUGGACGGGAUGGCUAUAAGUUUGAUGGUCAACGGUUACGAGUUGAACUUGCACAUGGUGGACGGGUUUCAUCUUCUGUGGACCGACACAGUAGCUACAGCAGUGGAGGUAGUCGUGCUGGAGUAUCUAGGCGAUCCGAAUACCGCGUUUAUGUUACUGGAUUACCUUCAUCUGCUUCAUGGCAAGAUUUGAAGGAUCACAUGCGUCGAGCUGGUGAUGUUUGUUUCUCUGAAGUUUUUCGUGAUCGCAAUGGCAUGAGAGGGGUUGUGGACUAUACAAACUAUGAUGAUAUGAAAUAUGCGAUAAGGAAGCUUGAUGACUCGCUUUUCCGUAACCAAUUUUCCAAAGGCUACAUACGGGUGCAGGAGUAUGAUCGAAGAGACAGCUACUCUAGGAGCAGAAGUCGAAGUCCAUGUCAUUCAAGAAGCAGUAGUGCAAGUCGCAGCAAUAGCUAUGAUAGUAGAAGAAGCAGGAGCAGGAGUUAUUCUCCUAGGGGAAAUUCUCGCAGGUCUCGAUCUAGAUCGAUUUCUUCUCAGCCGCGUUCCGAGUCGUCUUCUCCCCCUAUUUCAAGAUCUCAUUCAAGGUCUCCUACACCGCCACCAUCUUCUCAUCGCCGCAAUCGAGCUAGGAGCCUCAGUCGGAGCAUUUCUCGUUCUCGUUCACCAUAGGUGAGAGCUGAUUAAAAUCGCAACUGCUGGACUGGAACUGUGCUUGUGUUACAGACCACACAUGAAAGUAGUGUCUUUUCUUCUAUCUAUUUGUCCUUGUUACACAGAAACGAUUUGUAUUGUGUGGCUAUAUAUGUUUGUCCCCUGCAAAGGAGGAACGUAUUUAACUAAUUGUGAACUUGGAGAUUAUGAUUGAACUAUAUCUUUAAGUGAUACUAUCAUAGGUUAUGAUUUGAGUUAGUUAA